GUGCAUUUUGUUCGUUGUCAAGCCAAAGACUCUUUGUGUACGUGAGUGAUUUUAGUGUUGUGAGAACUCUCACGUCGUCAUCUCGAAUUCUCGAUGGGUUUAUAAAUAAAACAUUUAAAAGUUCUUCAAAUAAAUUAACUAUAAAAAAAAUUAUUAUUCAGAUAUCAUUAAAUUAAACUAAAGGUAAAUUUUAUCAACCAUAACCUUCAAACUAUAAUGGAAAAGUUAAAUUCACAUAAACAACAAUAAAAUGACAAAAUUCUCACAUGAAUUAAUAUAAAGAAAAGACAAAGUGGAAUCAAAGAAAAACAAAAUUCAGUUUUAAAAUUAGAAGAAAAUCGAAGGAAUAAAUUAAAUAGAGCUACUUACAAAAAAUGAUCUGAAUUUAACUUAUUGGAAGCAUCUAACAAGUGAUAUCAUUGUUCUCGGAAUAAUUUUGAUUAAUUUAUUAAUAAGCUAUUUAUUUAUUUGAAUUGGAAGUGAGUGUAAACGACCUAGAGUGACCUAAAAAGAGGAUAAAAAAUAUAUUUUUAUUAUUGUGAUCACAUUGAAUUUCAACUUUUUUUUUCUUUCAUUACUUUAUCAACAAUCUUAAAGUACAAAUUGAUAACAAUUGAUUUUUUUUUGUUAAUUUAAGCAAACAAAAAAAAUCUACAUAAUCAUUAUUGUCUUUAAAUAGUAAAUAAUAAAUACUAAAAAGCAACAAACAAACAACUGAAAAACAUGUUUUUAUCGUGUAAAUGUUUAAAUAUCACGAUAAAAAUUCGUGAUAAUUGUGAAUUGAAGCCGAUAAAAAUAGUUAAUUAUCAUGAUAAUAAUCAUGUGGAACCGGUAUUAUCACAAUCACCAACAUCAAUAACAUCACCAUUAAAAAAGUUUGCCGGUGAAUUUUUUCAACAUGAUUUAUUAGCUUUAACAUCACCAUCAUCAAGCAAUUACGAAAUAAUGAAACGACAACAUCCACUAAUUUACGAGAAAGUUGUUGAUAAUUGGACAAUCAGUCGUUGUAUUAAUUGUUUAAUGUACACACAUGCAUUAAAUAAAAGGUAUGAAACAAAGAAUCACAUGAAUGAUGAUGAUAACCCAAGUGAUGAUAAUGAUUACCAUAAUUAUAAAUUGUUAAUUAACAAUACUAUGAUACUACCGACUGAUAAUAGUGAUAAUAAUGUUGAAUAUUAUAAAAAAUUAAAAUUAAAUGUUAAUUAUAGUAAGAUUUAUAAAAUUAUUGUAGAUAAAAAGUUUAAUAAUUCUAAUAAUAACAGUGAUAAUGAUGACGAUGAUGAUGAUGAUAAUAUUGAUGAAGAGUACAAAAUAUUAUCAAAAAAGAAAUUAUCAGAUACAUUAAAUUCUACUAUAAGUCAUUUACAAUUACAGUAUGAAAUGGGGUAUCAGAAUAUGAAGAAAAAAAUUGAUGAAAAGAUUAAGAAGUUUGUUGCUGAACAGUAUGAAUUUUUAGAUGAGUUCAAGGAACGUGGAUAUCGAGAAUAUUGUUUACUUGCUAAAAAAGUUUGCAAUAGUGAUUUAUUAAAAAUAGAAGAUGUUAGUGUAACGGAUGGUGACAUCAACAAGUUGGAAAAAUUUGGAAUUGGUUCAACAGAAGUUGUCUCAACGGUAGAUCAGGCAUUUGUUAAGGCAGAUCACUCUAUCUUGUCGCCGAAAAUAAAUAAAAUAUCGAGCUUUGAAGGAAUUGAACAGAAUACUAGUAGUUCAGAAGUUCUCAGGUUGACUCCGAAGGAGAUUGAUAAUAAAACUGUGGGCCAAAAAGAAUUGAAGAAAAAGGAGAAGAAAAAUUUAAAGAAUCAUGAGGAUGAGGUCAUUUUUCCAUUCGAAGGCAUGGAUGAUUCGGAUAAUAUAGAGAUUUCUGAAGAUGAAAUUGAUACUGAUGAUUCUGGUCAGGAUGAAGGUAUUCAUAUUCCUCGAGGACAGAGGGGUGGACAUCCUACUCUCGCUAAGUCACUGCCUGUUAGUGUACCUAAUUUUUCAUUUGGAAGACUGAUCCAAGACCAAAAUGAAGAUCAGUUAUCAAUGGAUCCAAGGGAUCCGAAUAAUAUCCGUGCAUCAAUCAAAGCAUUAGCAAAGAGCGUUCAUGGUGAUACAGUCUUUGGAGAUUUGCCACGUCCACGAUUUUCUACUCAAAUUUGAGGAAUAAACAAUAAGUAAUCUAUAUUUGAUACACAAUUAAUAUUAUUUUAAACAUUACAUACAAAAAUAAGUCCAACAUUAUGACUGAAUUGAAACGUGAUGAUAAAAUUGUUUAUAAUAAACAUAAAAACAUUGACAAUUUGAAAUAAAAAUGAUCCUUAGCUUCAUUACACAAAUUGCAUAACAUUAACAAACAAGAAAUAUAUUAAUAUUAUAUAAAAAUGCUUUUUAUAAAACAUAACAUUGAAAAUCAUUAAAAUAUUCUAU